CUAGCAGCGGAGAAGAGGCCAGGCGGCAGCAGCAGCUCACAGCAGCCCGACAUGCUGUGUGCCAAACCGCCCUUUUUCCCAGGCUUCCGUCUUAGGGACCUGGGGCGGCGUGCUCGCAAGGAUCCGGAGAGAAACCCGCCCGAGCAUGCUUGGGAGUGGGAGCCUGGUGGCAGUGUGCAUUGCCAGGUUCCUGAUGAACCCAGAGAACCCUCCACCAUAUCCGGGCCCCGGGCCAACAGCCCCAUACCCACCUUAUCCACAACAGCCAAUGGGGCCUAUGGGAGCCCCACCUCCUCAGGGGUACCCCUACCCACCACCUCAGGGGUACCCCUAUCAAGGAUACCCACAGUACGGCUGGCAGGGUGGACCUCAGGAGCCUCCUAAGACCACAGUGUAUGUGGUAGAAGACCAAAGAAGAGAUGACCUGGGCCCAUCCACCUGCCUCACAGCCUGCUGGACUGCUCUGUGUUGCUGCUGCCUGUGGGACAUGCUCACCUGAUCACCUGAUGAGCCUAGCUCUUCUGCUUGGCCGCUCUGUGCCACUCCGAUAGGUGUGCCUGGGCCCACCUCUUCUGAUUGCUGUAUUGGCUAGCUCUGCGCAGACACCUCUACUCUCAGUCCUAUGGAGUUUUAGACUAGUGAGGGUUUCUGCUAUUUAGUUCAGUGACUUGAUCUUUUUAAUGUUCAAAACUCAUUUCUUACUGAUCUUUAACAAAUGUGCUAAAUAAUUUCCCUUUUUUUUUUUUUUGGCCAAAGGCUUAGUUAUGAAAUAUAUAUUUAUAAUGUUUAAAUUAUACACUCAAGGUAAUGGCAAUAUGUGACACACCACUAGAUCUCUGCUCACACCCUAUAUGUUUCAAUAAAUCUGUCCAAAAUC